AUGUGCGCCCGGUGGAUCGACAGGCAGACGGCUAUUCCACGUGUAUGUGUGACACGUCACUCAGUAGCUCGAGUACGGAAGUGUUCCACGGAUCUGCCAUCCGACAGACAGCGCUACUAAAGUAUUUCAUCCACAAUGGGGGGCUUCUUUUCUAGCCUCUUCUCAGGCCUGUUCGGCACCAGAGAGAUGAGGAUCCUCAUUCUAGGUUUGGAUGGAGCUGGAAAAACCACCAUAUUGUACAGACUUCAAGUGGGAGAAGUGGUCACCACAAUUCCCACAAUUGGUUUUAAUGUGGAGACUGUGACAUACAAGAACUUAAAGUUUCAAGUGUGGGACCUCGGUGGACAGACGAGCAUCAGGCAAGAUGUUUUCAUUCUCCUUUGUGUUAUACAGAUUGAGAAAGAAAGAAACCAAGCUAAAACUCAUGUCUUCUUCCUCCACAGGCCUUACUGGCGGUGUUAUUAUUCCAACACAGAUGCAGUGAUUUAUGUCGUGGACAGCAGUGACCGUGAUCGGAUGGGCAUUUCCAAAUCUGAGCUGGUGGCCAUGUUGGAGGAGGAGGAGCUGAAGAAAGCCAUUCUGGUGGUGUUUGCAAACAAGCAGGACAUGGAGCAGGCCAUGACGCCGACCGAAGUGGCCAACUCUCUUGGUUUACCUGCGCUCAAAGACAGGAAGUGGCAGAUCUUCAAGACGUCUGCUACUAAAGGCACAGGCCUGGACGAAGCAAUGGAAUGGUUGGUUGAGUCACUGAAGAGCCGGCAGUAAAUGCACUCGCAGAAACAUCUUGUAAAUAGAAACUUCAGAGACUUAUUGGGUGUCCUUUGGACCAGUGACUGCAUUCUUCCUGUUGUGUGAAGGCCAACCUCUCUUCCCAUUUAGUACAGAGAUGUUGAGCGGCAUUGAAUGAACUCUUCCCCUCUCUACUGAUGCUUGUGUUUUUGGUAAACCCCAUCAACUACAAUUGUAAUGUCAGAGGUGUUAGCUUUUUUACAUUUGGCCUGAUUCGGAAUAAUCAUUGCAGCUCUGUUUGAUAUUAUGUGGGUAGAUAUUUAUGACUACCUUGUCAUUUGUAUGCUUUGAAUUUGUAAUGGCAUAUUUAUAUUUGCACAAGUACAGGGAUGUGCACGCCUGUGAAAUAAAUAUGCAGUCAACAUGUAUUGAAUAAUGCAUAACCUCAAACAAUGGCUGGGCUGUUUUUGCAUGUUUUUAUUUAUUUCAAAACAUUGCACAAGUUGUAAAAAUGCAUACAGUGUUGCAGGAACUCAGUCCUUUCACCACUGAGAACAAGAAACCCUUACUCUCGGAUGCACAGAUCUUCCCAGCUCUGCUGUAUACAUUUGGCUAUGUAUUAAUUAGCAAAAGAAAAAAACAUUAAACGGCAGCAAAUGGAUCAGCUGAUUAUAGCCAAGUCUUUCAGUGAUGUGCUUUUGUGUUUCUUUGCUUUAUGUCCUGUGCGCACAAACAAGAUUUUCCGCUUUUUGGCCUCGUUUUUCUUGAACUGCUUCUUUAUCUUCUUUCUGGCAGCAACGUCAGGAUUUACAACAGCCUUUUAAAAGGAAGAAA